CAGUGUGGUUCCCCCAAGAUUUCCCUCCAACUCAGUGCAUAAAAUGCAAAAUCUCUGUUCCCAGUUGCAAAACCGUUAAACCCCUUCCACGCUAUGAAGUCUCUUCUGAACCCAAAGUUCUCAGCUUUAUCUCCCAAAGCCUCUCCUUUUGCUCUGUUCUCACUUCCUUCUCAAUCCACAACUCGAUUCUCUUUCCGCAGCAACCCGCGUCGAAUCCCCAAUCGUCUCCUCCGCCUCAACCCACCACCCUUUUCGUCCAAUAAUUUCAUUUGCGCCAUUCAAAAUCGAAGCUUGCAAACGGAGCCCUCGCCGCCUCCCUCCGGCGAGAUUCACGUCAUUGUGGGGCCCAUGUUCGCCGGAAAAACCACCUCGCUCCUUCGUCGGAUUCAGUCAGAAACCGCCAACGGCAGAAAUGUAGCAAUAAUUAAAUCAAGCAAAGAUACAAGAUAUGGAUUAGACUCAAUUGUUACACACGAUGGUGCAAAAUUACCAUGUUGGGCACUGGCAAACUUAUCAUCAUUCAAGCAGAAGUUUGGAAUGGAUGCUUAUGAGAAGCUGGAUGUGAUUGGUAUUGAUGAAGCUCAAUUCUUUGACGACCUAUAUGAAUUCUGUCGUCAAGCUGCUGAUCAUGAUGGAAAAACAGUAAUAGUUGCAGGACUAGAUGGUAACUAUUUGAGGAGGAGCUUUGGUUCCGUCCUUGAUAUAAUUCCCCUUGCUGAUUCAGUAACCAAGUUAACUGCUAGAUGUGAAAUAUGUGGGAAGCGUGCUUGCUUUACCCUGAGGAAGACACAGGAUAAGCAGAUUGAGCUGAUUGGUGGUGUUGAUGUCUACAUGCCAGUGUGUCGGCAGCACUAUGCUAGUGGACAGGUAGCCAUGGAAGCCACAAGGCAUGUCCUUGAAUCUAAGAAGGUUGAAUGUGGCUCCCAUACAUGAAUUGGUCCACAUUUCUUAGCAGGUUGCCUGCCUGCCUGUCUAGUGUUUAUUCAUGGUUGUCCCAUAUCUAUAUAUUGAAAGAAACUAGUAGAUUAUUUUUCAAGUAAGCAUGUCAAUGUGGAUCAAAUAGCUCAGAGAAGAGACGAGGGCCAGGGAGGAGUAUAUAACGCCCUUCUUCCCAAUUCAAAUUUUAAGAUGAAACCAUUGAUGUAUGUUGUGUUUAGAUUGUGAGGUUGGUGCAGCUUGGGACUAUAUAAAUGUGGAUUAAUCAAUCUGAAAAUAACAAUUUAUUCGUGCUGCACCACUUGAGUAAUCUCUACCACUCUAUUGUCACUGC